CGAAGCCGUCCUUUGAUGUUUCUUUAUUGAGUCAGAAAGCAAGGAAAGAUUUUCCGAAGGGUAACAAUUUUCUGUAUUAACGAAAUUGCGGCAAGAUCGCAAGACAUGUCUUCCUCAUACACGGUCUUUUUUGACAAGUACUGGGUCAACACUAGUUUGACGGUGAUGAUAGUUUAUGCCAUCGUAUCGUCGUUCACGGUCUUCGCGAAUUUGCUUCUCUGUGUGGCAUUUUAUAAAGAUCCCUUCGGUGAACUAAGGACUGUGCAGAAUUACUAUAUUCUCAAUUUGGGAAUCGCUGAUCUUAUCAUGGGCGUUAUUUCAGAACCUCUGAUGGUGGUAACUUACUGGAAUAGUCACAGCCUUAUAUAUUUCAUUCAUUAUUUGUUCGCUAUCAUCUCCGCAUCGUGUUCUUUACUGAACAUCACAGCGCUCUCUAUAAUCCGCUAUUUUGCCGUGAAGCAGCCCUUUCAAACGCAGAGCAUCGUUAACAAACGGAACGUGUUGAUAAGUAUUGGUGUUAUGUGGGUAACAGCCAUUCACUAUCCCAUGCUUCUCGUUCUUGGAUGGAGAGAAAAAGCAUUUCAGCUGUAUUUGUAUGUUUGCGGUUGCAUUAUCCCUACUAUAGUCUUUCUUGUGGCUUAUUUUCUGGUAUACCGCACGCUACAUCGCCAUACAAUUUCGUUAAAGCAUCUGGAACAGGGGAAAAGUCUGGCUCUCAGUAACGCUCUGCGUACAGAAAGAGCGGCGACACGAACAGUUUUGCUGGUCCUUGUCGUAUUUCUGAGUCUAUGGAUUCCUUUUUUGAUCAUAGACUUCGCCGUUGUUCAAUGUCCUAACUGCAGAACCGCUAAAUUUCAUCUUGCUCGGGAUAUUACUCUUUCGCUUGUUUACUUCAGUAGCGGGAUAAAUCCGCUAAUAUAUGCCUGGCGGGUUAAGACGUUCCGAAGGGCGUUUAUCCGUGUACUGGGUCUUCAAAAGCCUAUAGAAAGGAGCGUUUGUUUUUGGAAGAGGAUCUCCACAUCUGAGGCUUCCCUACGUUUCCGUGUUGACAGCUCUGACAAAAAAUCUAGGACAACGGAUUUAGGCGUGAAAUCAGAAUCAGAUGAUGUCAGUGUAGGUCGCGUUAAUGAAGCAUUAGAGUUGAGUUAGACUUUUUUUUUUAAAACAAAACCCAAGAUAUCUUAUGAACAGUCGAUUAGAGAGUUUUUAUGUCAUUUCCUGGGAGGCUCCAGGCCUAAAGAAAAAAAAACAUUCUACUCUUUUGUUUCGCAUUGAGAAUCACACGAUAGAGACAGGUGCAAUAUUUUUUCCUUUUUUUAACGGUGUAUUUAGCAAAUCUCUGUGGGUUAUGUAACAAACAGCAGAAAUCUGAUAUCAACUUUCGACAUAGUCGCGAAGCCCAAUGUACAUGGCAAUUGAAAAUAGUAUGCUGUUGUUAAGCGCGCAGCCUCUGAUGCUAGGAAAAUUACGAUAGUGUUGAUGAAAGCUGUUAUUAAAUGCGUUGGUCAAGAGAAAAGCCGUUUGACUAGAAAACUAGUUAAACAAACGCAAAUGAUGAAAAGACAAAAAAGUGAAAGUUCCUUGUGUGAUCGGUGCCGAAGAUAUUUCGUAAUUCACCUAACAUUUACCUUGCCAUUUA